UUGCUCGCCGUAGUUUGGCGGCCGGUCGUGAGAAUGGUGCGUACCGUACAUGAACAAAGAGAAAUAACUGUUUGCAAGUGUCAAGUAGAUAAUGUCGUCUGAGCUUUCUAAAGUGCAAGUGGAAUAUAUCAGUGAGGACAAAAUAAUAAAGGAGGGCUGCGGCACCCAGUCGCCCCUAGCAUUACUGGCAGCUACCUGCAGCCGCGUGGGCGCUGCCACUAUGGGGCCCGAUCAGCAGCAACAGGAAAAAGAGCAACAACAACAACAACAACAACAGCAACAGCAGCAGCAACAACAACAACAACAACAACAACAACAACAACAACAAGCUCAGCAACAACAGCAACAAGCUCAGCAACAACAACAGCAGCAACAACAACAACAGCAGCAGCAGCAGCAGCAGCAGCAGCAACAACAACAACAACAACAGGUUCAGCAAGCUCAGCUUGUCCAGCAUCAAGUGCAAGGGGACGCUGCCACUCUUGCUGCCAUACAGCAACAAUAUUUGCAGCAACAACAACCACAAUUGAGAGUCAUCAGUACUGCUGUUGUGCAACAACUCAGAGCUCAAGGGCUAUCGGGCAAUGAACUGUCAGCAGCAAUAGUCAAUGCUGCAAGUACUGUUCCUAAUGGCAUACAAGUACAGCAACCUCAGGUGAUAUCGAUGCAACAACUGCAGUCGCUAUUGGGCGGUGGAGUUGUAUCUAGCGGGGAGGGAGCCACAUAUCAGAAUGCCCCACAACAGCUGUUGCAAAUACACCCUCAGCUACUACAGCAACAAGCUGGAGGGGUCGGGGGUGUUUAUGGCGGUUGUGUUGUGGGGGGUGUUGCGCCUCUGCAGGCUGUUACUGUGGACGGACAAGACGCACUGUUUAUCCCGGCACACCACGCACAGAAUUUCUCAGGCAUGGGUCAAGUGAGUCUUGUAAAUGGACAACUAGUGAGGACUCCGGUUCUGCCGGCUGGAUUCCUGCAAAAUGUCAUGCAUUUACCUGCAGAGCAACAGGCCACCCUCACCAUACCCGGUACUAACUUAACAAUACCGAUAAGCGCUUUGACCGGCAAUCAGAUGAUAACGAUCCCGGGCACGAACAUAUCUAUCCCUGCGGGCGGGAUUCAAAUCCCGACAAGUCAAGCGAUAUCGAUACCUAGCUCCACGAACGUACAAUUGCCGGAGGUGAAGUCACCCGCCAGUCCUGCGGGGCAAGGUGGAGGCGUGGCGGUGCGCGGGGGCGUGGGCGGCGUGGGCGGCGUGGGCAUGGUGCCCGUGCAGGUGCCCGUGAGCGUGGCCAACGGGCACACGGUGUACCACACGGUGCACGUGCCCGUGCACGCCUCGCACCUGCAGAUUAUACCGCAGUUGCAGCAGAUGCAAGCGCAACCACAAGUCGCCAACGUACUGACGCCUUCUGGUCAAAUACAACAGAUACAAAUUGCGUCCUUAGGGAAUGUCCAGCAGGGCGGGGCGCAGGGCGGGGCGGCGCAGGGACAGCCCACCAUCACUCUGCAGACUGCACUCGUUAACGCUGCUCGGAAGGCGGUACCGAAUCAAAUGCAAGAGAAUCAAGUUCAACAGCCGACUAUCAUAACCAGUACUCCGGGGCAACAGCUCACCGUCAUACCCACUAGCAAUGUGAGGACGGCCAAUGUUGUACAGAUGCCGACGCUGGGCGUGGGCGGGCUGGGCGGCGUGCAGCUGGUGAGCGCGGUGGGGCUGCCGGGCGUGCAGCUGGCGCAGCUGCCGCAGCCGCAGCCGCAGCCGGCGCCGCAGCCCGUCAUCGAAACGCCAUUCCCCGGUCAGCAAAUCCAGCAAGAUCCAAACGAGCCUGGCAAGUGGCAAGUAGUGACGGUCAGUGCGGGUAACUCAACUGCGACGGAGUGUGAAGCGAUCAAAAACAGGCCCACAAGUCCCAAUGGUGGAAAGCGUUUGAUGAAACGCGUGGCUUGCACGUGUCCUAACUGUGAUCAAGGAGAAAACCGUUUAGUAGAUAGGAAGAAGCAACAUGUUUGUCACAUACCAGGCUGUAACAAAGUCUAUGGAAAGACAUCUCACCUAAGGGCUCAUUUGCGUUGGCAUUCUGGAGAACGCCCCUUCCUUUGUAAUUGGCUGUUCUGUGGAAAAAGGUUUACUAGAUCGGACGAGCUUCAAAGGCAUAGAAGAACCCACACUGGCGAGAAACGCUUCGAAUGUCCGGAGUGUAGCAAACGCUUCAUGCGUUCCGAUCACCUCGCUAAACACGUGCGAAUACAUACUAAGAACCGGAUUACGGAGGUGGCAACAUCAACACAGUCCAUGUACUCUGAUUCGGGCGAUGACAGCUGUGAUGAUAAGAUGAUGCUCACAAUCGAGACUAUGCAUCCCGGAGGUGAUGAAGAGAAACUGGUGAUGAUACGACCAGGCCAGGUGAAGAUCGACCCUGACCACAUCGAUAGCUAG